UGCAUAUAGGCCCCAACAAAUACGUUGUAGUGAAAUGUUUACAAACUUUAGUUCAAAUUAGUAAAAAUGGGAGUAAAAGAUCUUUGGAAUAUUUUGUCGCCUUUGAGCGAGAGGAAACCGAUGUUUGAGCUUCAAGGAAAAACGGUAGCCAUUGACAUGAGUUGUUGGAUUGUGGAUAGUCAAACAGUAACUGAUCAUUCUGCACAACCAAAAAUGUAUCUUAGGAAUCUCUAUUUUCGUACAGCAUUUCUCCUCAUGCAAGGAAUAUCUCCAGUAUUUGUAUUGGAAGGGAAAGCACCUACUUUGAAACAUAAGACAAUUGCAAAGAGAAAUGACGUCCGCUCUGGUUUUCGCGAGAAAAAAACUGCUUCUAAAGGAGGUAGAACACAGUUUAAUAGAAUUCUCAAUGAAUGCAAGGAAAUGCUUCAACUUAUGGGUUUAGCGUGUGUACAAGGACAUGGGGAAGCAGAAGCAAUGUGCGCUUAUUUAAAUGAAGAUGGGCUUGUUGAUGGAUGCAUAAGUCAAGACAGUGAUUGCUUUUUGUAUGGAGCCAAAAUAGUUUACAGAAAUUUUUGUACAAGUACACAAGGAAAUCGUGGGAGUUCAGGUGGUGCUGUAGAUGAAUAUAAAUUAGAAAAGAUAGAAAGGUUAUUAGAAUUAGGGAGAAAUAAAAUGAUAGCAUUAGCUUUAUUAUGUGGUUGUGAUUAUAAUGAUGGACUGAAUGGAGUUGGCAAAGAAGCUGCAAUGAAGCUUUUUAAAAUUGUAAAUGAUGAAGAUAUUCUUGAACGAAUGAAGAGUUGGAGGACCGAUACUACUUUAGAUUAUAAAGAAGCAGAAUUACUGAAUCCAAAUUUGUGUUCGUCUUGUGGACAUAGUGGUAAACUACAAAAGCAUACAAAAUCAGGUUGUAUAGAAUGUGGGACCACUGUGAAAUGCCAUGACUCUUAUAAAGAGAAAAGAGCUUUAUUAUUGAAUGAAAUUGCUUUACGAAAAAAAGCUCUUCUUAUUGAAGAUUUUCCAAACCAAGAAUUAAUAGAUGAAUUUCUUAUUAAAAAAGCUUCAGUACCUGCAAAAAUAGAUAUUCAGUGGAAACAACCGCAAGUGAAUGAAUUCAUAGAUUUCAUGGAACGAUAUUUAUCUUGGGAACCACAAUAUGCAUUUGAGAAGAUAUUUCCUCUAGUGACUCGUUGGCAACUUGUACACCUUCCAGGUAUUUCUGCAGACAACCGUCUAACAAUGCUCGAUUUAUACAUACCUGAAGCAAUAAAGAAAGUUCGGAAUAUUAGGUCUGUUGCGAGUUACGAAAUUAUUUGGAAGACUGAUCAUAGUACGAUAAAAAGAUUAAAAGAAUAUAUUGCAUUAGAUAAUGUGAGUGAUAAUGGUGCAGAUAUUCUACCUGAAUUGACAAGCAUUGAGCCACAAACUGCAGUACAGAAAUGUUAUCCAGAAUUAGUUGAGGCAUUUGAAAAUGCAAAAAAUGCGAAAACAAAGAAACGACCGAAUAAAAAGAAAAUACAAAACGAUACAGAUGCUAGUGAUAAAAAACGUAAAGCAGAAAAAAGGCGCCAGAAGAGAAAUGCAAAAACAGAAAAUAAUAGAAAAAUUGAUGAAUUUAUUUCCAAAAAUGAUCCUACGUCUUUAGAAGAAUCUUUCCGGAGGAUGAGUAUUACGCCAAUAAGAAAAGAAGUGAUAAAGUUAAACGCGGUCCUCAGUUCGAAAAAGUAUUACAAUUAGAGAAUAUCAAUUCAAAAUUAAAUAAUACAUUGGAUAGAAUGUUUAAUGAACUUUCACCGGAUGAUUUUAUUGACGAGAACGAUGAUCAUGAUGUAAACAUGUCAGAGAUAAUAGACAAUAUAUGUAAUCAAAGGGUCUUCAAAUUUAAUGUUUCGGAAAAUGUGCAAACAUCUAAAGAUGAAAAUAAUUUAUGUGAAAAAGACACUGAAGAUGUGAAAAUAGUUGACGACAUAGUUAAUUUUGAAACGAACUCUGAUCAAUGUUUCAGAAAUGAUGUAGUUCAUAAUCAAUCAGUUGAUGAAUUUUCUGAUAUAAAUGAAUCCUAUAUUCCUCUUAAUCACAGAAUAAAUUGCGAGAAACCGAAGAGAAGGCUUCAAAGAACUUCUACGCUAAUAAACGAUAGAUUUAGUCUUGGAUUUGAUGAUCUUAUGAAUGAUACCGACCCGGAAACACAAUUUCUCACGUAGCAUUUAAUAUGAAGUGCGUUUCUUUACGUAAUUGAGUACACAAUUGGUUACUAAAACAAGUUACCAGAACAAGUACAAAAUACCAUUCAUUGCCAUCAUAUUGUAGUAUCUACAAUUUAUUGUAGUAUCUAUGUUCAUACAUAAUAUGUUUUAUAUAAUUUUAAAAGAUCUUUCGUAUUUCUAAGUAACUAAGUCGUUAUUAUUUCAAAUCUUAUAUUUUUUUAUAAAUUCGAUUUUAAUUACUAUAUAAAAUAUUACUAUAAUUUUUCAACGUUGAGAAUCUCAUCUUCAUAUUUAUAUAAAUAAUAAAAUGAUAAACUAAAUUUGAGGAACGUAGCGAAAUAUUACCGCGAAGGUAAGAAAUUUUUUAUCAAUAAUUGCUUGGGAUUGUGUUAAUAACGAAGAUUGAUUUAUGUAUCCAAUUUUAUGUAUUAUUGUAUGAACUAUGUUUUAAUCGUAUAUUUUUAAAAUAUGCUUUUAAAAUGUUUAAAUCGUAUUUGUUCAAAUGCAAAAUAAUUGUUUGAUACA